AGUCCAUAAAUCUUCAGAUUCUGUUUACAUUUUCCAAUUGUCUUCUUCUGUCAAUUUCUUUUGUAUAACAUUUCAAUUAAAGUAGAUCUAAGAAUGGAAAAUCAAGAGUCUUCACCAACAGUCUUACCACAAAAAUUUGGCGCUGGUCCUUACGGUUUAGGUGAUCCCGACGACAAAUCAUUACGUAGAGUUGAAAAAGAGGUAAUGGUCCCGAAAGUUAUGCGCGAUAAAGCUAAAGUCGAGAAAUGUCUUGAGGAGGUUCAAGCAUUUGAAUCCUGUUGUAAACAAAAUUCAUUGUUAAUGGUCGUCACUUGCCGAAAACAAAACAAUUUAAUGAAAGAAUGUUUGGCGAAAUGGUAUCAAGAUGAAGUAUUCAAGAAAGAAUGUACAGAAGUUUAUUUAAAAGAGAGAUCUGAGUUUAGAAGAACUGGAUUAGAAAAGAAACAUCGUGAAUAUAUUGCAAAGCAACACGAAGCUGGAAUUGCAUAAGAUAGCCAACAAUAUUCAAUAAAAUAUAAAAUUAGGUAUUUAGUUAAAA